CUACAAAAUGGUAACGUCGCAGCUAAAAACACUACCCUAGGAUCUACAGCGAAAAUCACAUGUGACAUAGGAUACAUUCUCAGAGGCAGCACUACGUCUACGUGUGACGUAAAUGGGCAUUGGAGCAGUCAAAAUCAAAGCUGCACUCCCGUUGAUUGUGGACGUUUCCCCGCACCAAACAAUGGCAACGUAUCUGCCAACAGCACAACAUACGGAUCAGUAGCAACAGUUCGGUGCCAAGCAGGUUACAUUCUCAACGGAAGUAUCACGUCUAUAUGUAGAAGUGACGGCAAAUGGAACCUCACGGGCCAAUCCUGUAAACCAGUUGACUGUGGGCGAUUGGUUGUACUACAAAAUGGUAACGUCGCAGCUACAAACACUACCCUAGGAUCUACAGCGAAAAUUACAUGUGACAUAGGAUACAUUCUCAGAGGCAGCACUACGUCUACGUGUGACGUAAAUGGGCAUUGGAGCAGUCAAAAUCAAAGCUGCACUCUCGUUGAUUGUGGACGUUUCCCCGCACCAAACAAUGGCAACGUAUCUGCCAACAGCACAACAUACGGAUCAGUAGCAACAUUUCGGUGCCAAGCAGGUUACAUUCUCAACGGAAGUAUCACGUCUAUAUGUAGAAGUGACGGCAAAUGGAACUUCACGGGCCAAUCCUGUAAACCAGUUGAUUGUGGAGAACCUAACACAGUCCUGAGACUUACCGAACGAAAGUAUAAUACGACGCAAGGCGUUUCAACUUAUGGAAGCACGUUGAGCCUGUUAUGUGAACCAGGUUACCGCCUAAUAAAUAAAACAAAGGAUAACCACCUGAACAGAACCCAGAGAAACGACGAUGGAACGGAAACAAUCACAUGUGAGGCAACUGGAAUAUGGAGUCAACUAUCUGGUUGUGAGCCAAAGGACUGUGGACGGUUUUUUGCACCACAAAAUGGUCACGUCGCUGCUACAAACUCCACCCUAGGAUCUACAGCAAAUAUCACAUGUGACAUAGGAUACAUUGUCAAUGGCAGUAGCACGUCUACGUGUGAAGUAAAUGGGAAUUGGAGCAGUCAAAAUCAGAGCUGCGCUCCUGUUGAUUGUGGACAUUUCACCGUACCAACGAAUGGCAACGUAUCUGCCAACACCACCUCAUACGGAUCAAUAGCAACAGUUCGGUGCCAAGCAGGUUACAUUCUCAACGGAAGUAGCACGUCUAUGUGUGGAGGAGACGGCAAAUGGUACUUCACGGGCCAAACAUGUGAACCAGUCGACUGUAAAUCGUUUCCUACACUACAAAAUGGCAAUAUAGUAGCUACAAACACCACCAUAGGAUCUACAUCAAAGAUCACAUGUGACAUAGGAUACAUUCUCAGUGGAAGCCUCACGUCUACGUGUGACGUUAAUGGGCUUUGGAGCAGCACAAAUCAGAGCUGCAAACCCGUUGAUUGUUAUCAACUGCCCAUUCCACCACACGGAAUGGUAUCUCCUGUAGCCACAGCCACGACAUUUGGAACUGUAGUUACGAUAACAUGCGAUACAGGCUUCAAUCUGACCGGAAACAGUACGUCUACAUGUGACAGCAAAGGGAACUGGAGCAGUAUUGGUCAUAAAUGUGACCUCGUUCAGUGUGGAAAUCUAUCAGAGCCUGAACAUGGCAUAAUAAAAUCCACGUCCACUUCAUACGGGUCUGAGGCAAUAGUUGCUUGUCAUUUGGGAUACAACCUUUUAGGACAAAACACAUCAACGUGUGGUAGCAAUGGUAAAUGGGACAAUGUUGGACAAAUCUGUAAAGCUGUCGAUUGUGGAAAGUUUCCAGACCUGCUCAACGGUACUACCGAUGCGGAAAAUACGACAUUUGGAUCAAUAGUUUCUUUAAUGUGCAACGAAGGAUUUGAUCUAAUAGGAGAUUCACAUUCAGUUUGCACGAGCACUGGAGGUUGGAACACAACUGGGCAAGUGUGUCAACCACUCGACUGUGGACCCUUGCCGAUCCUUAGUAAUGGUACUGCACAUGCAACCAAUACCACGUUCGGUUCAGUUGCUAUCUUUACGUGCGACGAAGGAUUCAACCUUACGGGACACAGCUUUACUGUUUGCGGAAGCAAUGGGUUUUGGAAUAUUACUGAUCAGACAUGUUAUAUAAUCGACUGCGGACCUUUGCCGACAUUAUCCCAUGGCACAGUGCGUACAGAAAACUCCACGUUUGGGUCUAUCGCAGUUUUGCACUGUGUCGAAGGAUUUAACCUCACAGGGAGUAGUGUGUCUAUGUGUACAAGCAAUGGGGUUUGGAACUCAACUGGUCCGAAGUGUUCUCCUAUAGAUUGCGGUCGAGUGCCAGAGCUGAUAAAUGGAACUAUAUAUGCUGAAAACACCACCUUCGAAUCGGUAGCAUUACUGACAUGUGACAAAGGAUUUAUUCUGACCGGAAGCAAUCGUUCAAUGUGUACUAUCAGUGGUCUUUGGAACAUGACUGGGCAGAUGUGUGACCCGAUAGAUUGUGGCCUUUUGCCAGCGCUCAACAACGGGUCCAUAAAUUACAUAGAAAACACAACAUUUGACUCGAUCGCAGUUAUGACCUGUGAUGCAGGAUUCAGUCUCACUGGUGAUACGUUUUCCGUAUGUAACAGCAGCGGUGGUUGGAAUACUACUGGUCAGACGUGUAACCUUAUAGACUGUGGACCUCUGCCGAUCUUUAUUAAUGGUACUGCACAUGCAACCAACACCACGUACGGUUCAGUUGCUAUCUUUACGUGCGACGAAGGAUUCAACCUUACGGGCAACAGCCAUACAGUUUGUGGUAGCAACGGUAUUUGGAAUACCAUUGACCAGACAUGCACUAUAAUCGAUUGUGGCAAUUUACCAGCGCUCAACAACGGGUCCAUAAUGUAUAUAGAAAACACAACGUUUGACUCGAUCGCAGUUCUGACAUGUAAUGCUGGAUUCAAUCUCACGGGUGAAAGGUAUUCUGUAUGUAACGGCAGCGGUGUUUGGAAUACUACUGGUCAGACGUGUAACCAUAUAGAUUGCGGACCACUACCGCAACUUUUAAACGGGUCAGUGUCUGCAGACAGCUCUAUAUUUGGAUCUGUGGCACUCUUUACCUGUGAUGAAGGAUUCACGCUGUUCGGAAGUAACUUAUCCGUUUGUUCAAAUAAUAGCAAUUGGAAUUACACAGGUCAAACAUGUCAACGCAUAGAUUGCGGCAAAUUACCCACGCUCUUAAAUGGGACUAUCGCUUAUACAAACAACACAACGCAUGGGUCAAUAGCUAUUUUAACCUGUGAAGGUGGUUUCGAUCUUAUCGGGAACACUACAUCAGUAUGCACUACCAGAGGCAUCUGGGAUUCUACAGAUCAGUCAUGUAGCCUUAAAGACUGUAGAGCAUUUCCGUCUCUCUGGAAUGGUUUCGUCACACACAGCCAAAACACAACAUUCGGUUCAAGAGUAUUUUUAAAAUGUGAUGAAGGUUUCUAUCUUAGUGGAAGUAUUUAUUCUGAAUGUAAUAGCAGCGGUUUUUGGAGCUACACUGAUCAGACAUGUAACCUUAUUGACUGUGGACCGAUUCCAACACUGAAUCAUGGGACUGUUCACAUAGAAAACACAACCUUUGAGUCGACCGCAGUUUUCACGUGUGAUAAAGGGUUCAGUCUGACAGGGGAUGUUUAUUCGGUAUGCACAGGAGCUGGUAUCUGGAAUUCUACUCAUCAGACAUGUAACCCCAUAGACUGUGGACCAUUCCCUGAGAUCGCGAAUGGAACAAUAAGUUAUUCCAAUAAUACUACCUUUGGCUCGGUAGCUGAUGUAAAAUGUGAUGAAGGUUUCUAUCUUACUGGUAAAAUCAAUUCAGAAUGCAUUGGUGACGGUACCUGGAACUCUUCUGGUCAGAAAUGUAAACAUAUAGACUGUGGGCCUUACCCUGACCUGAUCAACGGAACUGUGUAUACAAACAACACACUGUUUGGGUCAAUAGCUGUUUUAAAGUGUGAUAAAGGAUUCAAUCUCACUGGCCACAACUACUCAGAAUGUACCACUAGUGGCAUGUGGAAUUCGACUGCCCAGAUUUGUGACCCAAUAGAUUGUGGACCAUUUCUUGAACUUAUAAAUGGAACCGCUGCUACCAACGACACAAAGCUUGGUUCGGUCGCUGUUCUUAUGUGCAACGAAGGAUUCAAUCUCACAGGCAGCGAAUACUCAGAAUGUAUUAGUAAUGGUACCUGGAAAUUGACUGGCCAGCAUUGUAAUCCAAUAGACUGUGGAUCGUUUCCCGAACUCAUAAAUGGAACUGUUACUACUGACAGCACGAAGUUUGGAUCGAUUGCAGUUCUGACAUGUGAUGAUGGAUUCAAUCUUUCUGGAAACAAUUUCUCAACAUGCACUAGUAGUGGUACUUGGAAUGCUACUACCCAGAUAUGUAAACAAUUUGAUUGUGGUCCGUUUCCUGUGCCAAGCAAUGGAUCAGUGUAUACACAAAGUACAACAUUUGGAUCGGUAGCAUAUAUGACGUGUAAAGACGGAUUCAUUCUCUCCGGUGACCGUAUGUCAGCAUGUAACAGCAGUGGUAACUGGAAUAUAACUGGUCAGACUUGUGAGCCGAUUGACUGUGGACCGCUAGCUUCUCCUGGUGACGGAUAUUUGAUAGGUUUAGAGACAACAUACGGUCACGUCUUCAGAGUAUACUGCAACACAGGAUACCAUUUGAACGGCAAUGACAUAUCCUCGUGUGGCAGUGAUGGCAACUGGACGAAUACAAACUUCAGCUGUACAUUAAUCGAUUGUGGCGAAGUUAAUCCUCCUAUAAAUGGAACGAUCUCUCGAGGAGCAACAACAUAUGGAUCAGUUGUCACAAUAACAUGUAAUAGCGGCAACAAACUCAUAGGGAAUAACACAUCCCUUUGUCAACAUACCGGGAUAUGGUCUCAUGAAAACUUUACCUGCAAAUAUGUUGAUUGUGGACCACUGCAUAAACCGUUGGGGAGUUAUGUAACACCGUUGGACACAUCGUAUGGAACACUUGCAUCAAUUAAAUGCAAUAUCGGAUACCAGUUAUUUGGAAAUGAUACAUCUUUCUGUGACACCGAUGGCAACUGGACAAGCACUAACUUCACUUGCAACAUAAUCGAUUGUGGACGUCCGCCUGAAAUUAAAAAUGGUAGAAUGAACUUCUCUGCGACGGUGUUCCAAUCUAAUGCAAACGUCAUGUGUGAUACCGGUUAUGCGUUAUCGAGAUCAAACACUUUCCUGAUCUGUUUGAGCAAUGGUUCGUGGUCAUUUUACGAGUUCCAAUGCAACCCUGUUGACUGCGGAGACUUAACUACAAGAGGUCAUCAACAAAUCACAUAUGCUGGAAACAAGACAACAUUUGGCACACAAGCAAUUAUGGUUUGCGACAUAGGGUACAGACUAACUAAUCGUCCUGGUGUACAAAGCGAAGCAGCAGUUUGUAAUGCUUCUGGACAUUGGAGCAUACCACAUUUCAGUACAUGUGAAUCGAUUGUUUGUCCAUCUUUAAACAUCAGUUGGGAUAUAAUGGAUAUGAAUGCUACAACCAAAGGUCCAUAUACAGCAAACAUGGCAAUACAGUUCACAUGUAAGGCAGGGUUUACUGUAAACGGCUUUGAUAACAUAAUUUGCCUAUCAAAUGGUAAAUGGAGUGGUGAAACACCGAAAUGUAAGAAAGAAAACAAAGUAUACCCUAAUUGUACUAAAAAGGAAAGUUGGGAUGAAACGAGUCCUGGGGGGAUACGGACACAAACAUGUCCAGGAAAUUCUAUUGGGGUAGUCUCCAGAACCUGUUCCCCAAAAGGUGAAUGGAUGCAACCUGUUGAUGGAUGCGUUCGAAAGGAGAUAGAAACUAUAUCUUUGCAGAUCGAAGCCAUAAAAUAUAAUCCGACUCAGGAAAGCAUUACUGAUAGUCUCAAUCAACUUUCUAACGUUACGAAUAUUUCGCAAAAUGAGCAAGGAGAAAAUAAAGUAAACACAAUUUCUGUAACAAGUGGGGAGUUAGAGAAAGUUACAAACAUUUUAGACACGAUUGUUAAUGCAAGUGCUAACAUUAACAUUACAGAUGUUACAAACAAUCAAGUUCAGAAAUUCUUACAAACAACGAGUAACAUAUUAGAUGCCAGCAACACUGACUCCUGGAAAUCUAUCGAACAAAACAAUAAUAAUCAGGAUAAAAGUGCAGUAAAGGUGCUUCAGGUUGUUGAUCGGUAUAUUGGGGUGAUUUCCAAGUAUAUCAAUUCCUCGCAAAAUGGUUCAAUUACAGUAAAUACGACCAACCUUGUGAUGCAUGUUAGUCGAAUAGAGAAACAUACUCCUUAUAUACAGUUUCCUGAAGAGAAUCCAGGAAAUUUCAAGACUGUGUAUUUACCUAAAUCAUCAUUGGAAAACGCGUCGUCAUUUUCAGCAGUGGUCUACAAGAAUUUAUCUGGGAUUCUCUCCUCUAACACAGUAGAUAAUACAAGUGAUGCAAAGUCGGUGAUCUCGUCAGAAGUUAUAUCGGUCAAUCUUGAUAACUGGCAAAGUAAUCCAAAUUUCAAUAUAUCAUUAACAUUGGCAUAUUUUCAGACGAAUUCGGGCCAACCAAAAUGCACAUUUUGGAACAUGAGCAGGUCAGCCUGGGAUACCAAUGGAUGUACUCUCGCAAUACAAGGAAGUAAUUCCUCCAUGUGUGUUUGCAACCAUCUCACGAACUUUGCUAUUCUUAUGAGUCCUUGGACUGAGAACGUGGAUACCACGGCUUUGGAUGUGAUCUCGAUAGUAGGAUGCAGCAUUUCAAUGCUUGGGUUGAUCAUCACAGUUGUUGUACAUUUUCAUCUAUGGAGAUAUGUGAGGUCGGAUCGCGUGGUUAUCCUCAUGAAUUUGUCGAUUGCGCUUAUCUCAUCAUACGCAGUUUUCAUAGGCGGGGUUGAUCGAACAGAGAAUAAGGCUCUGUGUACAGUUAUGGCGGUUCUAUUGCAAUACAUCUAUUUGGUUGUGUUCUUUCUGAUGUUGGCGGAGGGAAUAGAGAUCGGAAUAACCGUACUUUAUGUCUUUGUCACGAAGUCCAGAUUGAAGUGGAUUCUUCCUGCAGCAUGGGCAUUGCCAGCAGUCAUUGUUGGAGUUUCCAUGGGAGCCACAAAGCUUGAGGGAUAUGGAAACACCAAGUUUUGCUGGCUGUCUAUGGAAGGCGGUUUGAUUUGGGCAUUUGUUGCACCUGCGAUGCUAAUUAUUUUGGUCAACUUUGUUGUGCUGAUUCUUGUUAUCAGGACGAUGUUUCGUUCUAAAACAUUAUCAGAAAAGUCCAGAUCAGAGCGAUCAAAAGCCGGCGUUCGGUGUAUGUGCGUGCUGCUUCCGCUUAUGGGUUGCACGUGGGUGAUGGGUCUCCUCUACGUGAACGAGAGCAUGGCCUGGGUCCAGUACGUGUUUGCAGUGUGCAACAGCUUGCAGGGACUGGUGAUAUUUGUCUUCCACUGUGUGCUAAAUGUACAGAUUCGAAAUGCGUUACUGAGACGGAAACACCGUAAGCAGAGCAAAUCGUUUAUUUCAACGAACAGCGCAUCAUUUGUCUCAACACGUGUCACGGAGGAGCCUGUUGCUUUGCCAAAGAUUAAUCUUUCAACUGCAAAACGUACAGCUAGAGGCAGCUUACAUUCAGCUGAUGAUGCCACAGGUGAUGUGCUACAAGCAAGUGGUCGUACCGAAAUAAACAAUGUCGACACUUUGUUUUAGCAUGCAAUAUAAAUACCCCAAAGAAAGUUUAAUAAUUAUUAAAUAAACCCACUUAUUAAUUUGAAUAUAUCGACAUGCAAAUAAAAAACAGUCAUGACUGUGAUACACAGAUAGUGAUCAGGGCAGUUAAAAGGCCCUUUUUUCUUUGAAGAGGUGACCUUGAUUUUGAGUCAGUUUGAUUGACUAAUGACUUCUGGGCAUCUUCAUAAUAUUGACUUGUUAUAAAAAUAAUUUGAUGGUUUACUGGGAUAUAAGGCAAACACAAAACAGAAAAGAAAAGGCUCAACAACUUGUGCGACAUUGACUUUCAGCCGGUGUAAUUAACUCGUGCUUUCUGCAAUUCACAAAGGGCAAUGUAUAUUACUGCAAAAUUUAAUAAAAACACUUUAAUGGGUAGAGCAAUUACAGAGCGAACACAAAAAUCAGGCUCAAAUUUUACGCAAAAGAAAAUUGUAUAUUACUGCUCAAUUUAAUGAGAACACUAAUGGAUACAAAACAAGAAAGCGAACACAAAAAAUGAGGCUAUAACUUAAAACCCUGACGUAUGACAUUUAGCUACAACCGUAUUUACUGCCCCGUGUAUUUUCCGCAUCGUCGGAUUGCCCUUAACAUUUGAGGCAAGCUCCACGAAAAUCCGUCAAACGAUAUAGGAGCUAGUAAGCUCACACAAACGUAUAACAGACUUACGGACGAACGGUCGGACGUUAUCUUUCACCUUAUGCUUAGUUCUAUAUCCGUCGUAUUUGUAUCGUAUGUUAAAGUUUAAAUUGUAUGGUAUGAUAAAAUAAACUAUAGGUUGAAUG